UUCCGAAACACAGUUGUGGCCCAGUUCUUCGGUCAUACUCAUUCUGAAGAGUUCUACAUCACCUACGAAGACCCACAAUCGUCUUCAUCACGCCCUACAAGCGUAGUCUACUCAGCACCAUCAAUUACUCCUUAUUCAGAAUAUUUUCCGGCUUAUCGCAUCUACAGCAUUGAUGGGGCCUAUAAUGGAUCAACUUAUCGGUCAACUUUAUGUUACAUUACUACUAAGUUGAUGUUACAGCAAGUGAUAGAUUUCGAGGAGUGGUUCCUGAAUCUAACUGAGGCAAAUGCAAAUCCUAGAAGCCCUCAUUGGCAACAGCUUUAUGCCAGUGCUAAUCAGGAAUAUGGACUCAAAUCACAAUCCCCGUCCGAAUGGAAUGAUAUGAUUGAAAGAAUGCGAACUGAUAAUGUGCUGUUUGAAAAAUAUAGACAGUCAAUUUCAUCUAUUUUUAAAGAUGAGAUUGGCACUCAAUGUGUAAAAUUAAGAAACUACUAUCGACGUUCGAAAUUUGAUGGCAUCGGUGAUUGCGAUGAAAAAUGCAAAAACGGAUGGUUGUGUAGUGCGAGGCAGAUGCAUCACUCGAAGGCUCUUUGCGCAGAUCUUAAUUGUAAGUUACAUACUAUAGACGCAAUAUAUUCCUUAGAUGCAUCUCUCUUCACAACAAAAACCUUCGUCUAUUUUAAGCUCUCACUGAAAGACGUGGCCGGAAUAGCUAUCGUCGUAAUCCGAACCCUAUCCAUCUUACCGAAGAAGAAAUUCAAUUCGCUAUUGAUCAAAGAAGGAAUCGAAUUGAAGCUAACCACAAGUGCCGGUUGUAAUCCGUAA